CUCAUACAUCUCGAAUUUAUCAUUGACAACAACGAUGGCUUCAUCAGAGACAGCGCCUCUUCUGCAGCCGGAUGCGACUGAGUCAUCUGCAAGAGAGGAAAAUGCUCGCGCAGAACCAAGAGGGUUUGCGCGAAACCUUGGCGCAAUCGAUGGCUUUGCCCUCCUCAUCAGCAUAGUCAUCGGUUCUGGCGUUUUCUCAUCCCCAGGAUCAAUAGACGCAAAUGUACCAUCUCCAGGUGCUGCUUUACUCAUCUGGCUCGUGGGCGGAAUUCUAGCAUGGACUGGUGCGCUCACGAUGGCCGAGCUGGGUACCGCAUUUCCUGGCGAGGGUGGCAUUCAACCCUAUCUGUCCCACAUGUAUGGGGAAGUAUGGGGCUACAUGGCUGCGUGGUCUUGGAUCGUUGCCACAAUGCCGGCUACGCUUGCGAUCCUGAGCAUUGUGUUUGUGGAGUCGAUCUAUUCGAGUAUGGGCAUUAAUGAGCCUGAGCCGCCAAUGACACACAAGCUGCUUUCCUUGCUUGUCUUGGUAUCUGUCACGACGUUGAACUCGAUCAGUACAAAGACUAGUACGAGGUUGUCUGGGUUUUUUGUUGCCAUCAAGCUGCUCACUAUUCUCCUGCUGAUCGUCGCUGGGUUGGUUGCAGUCUUCAUCUUCGCGGGAAAGAGUAAAGAUUACGGAGGUGGUGAUUGGCAUAAAAGCAAUUGGUUCACAUCUAGAGACACUGUUCUACCCGAUGGGAGUCGGCUUGACUGGAGUAAAGUGACGACAUGGGAGUCGCUUGGUUACUACUCUACAGCACUGUAUGGAGCGCUAUGGGCGUAUUCAGGAUGGGACAAGGCAAAUUAUAUCUCAUCUGAACUCCGCAAUGUUGUCAAGCAACUUCCUUUGUCUAUCAACACAGCCAUCCCGACCAUCAUCAUCUGCUACAUUGCUGCGAACACGGUCUACUAUGUGCUACUUCCAUGGAAAAUUGUUUCAACGACAGACGCCGCCGCCGUGACUGCAGUGGCCCAUUUUCUCGGCAAAGGCGCUGCCUACUUUGCCACAGCCCUUAUCUGUCUCGUCAUUGCCGGCUCCGCGCUGGGCAACUCCUUCGUCGCUGGCCGGAUGACCGUCGCAGCGAGCAACAAAAAUUGGUUUCCACGUGUGCUGGGAACUGUAGGUCAAAUCGGGACCUUGAAGGUGACCAAGGCAGGAAUAGAAGGCGAAGAAGCUGCAGACGAAGCAAUGGACAAAGGCGAAUCUCCCAUUAAUGCGUUGGUACUCAACACCGUCCUGUCCGCGGUCUACAUCUUGAUGGGAAACAUGCGCAUCUUACUUACUCUCAAUGGUCUCGCAGAGUACGCGUUUUUCUUUCUCACCGUCCUCGGAGCCAUCAUUCUUCGCUACAGGGAACCUGACCUAAACCGUCCUGUCAAGCCCUUCAUCCUAAUACCUAUCUUGUUCGCCCUUAUCAGUGGUUUCGUGGUAAUCAGAGGCGCCGUCUUCGCCCCAGUACAAGCGGCCCUGUUAGUAGCGAUAUGGUUGCUUGGCGCGGUUUUGUUCUAUCUUCGGAAAUGGAUAGUUAGUAGACAGUAG